GUAUCGAUUGUCCAAACAAUGAGUAAAUUAAUUGAAUUAAACAAAAAUGAAUUGAUUUGUAAAAUACAAUCAAUUAAUAGAGAAAAGCAUAGACUGAAGACAUUGCUCUCAAAACACGAUCUAUUGAUCCAUUUGUACGAAAAACUGCACCAAAAUUGCCUUCAAAUCAAUGGCUUAAGGGAUGGAAGAAGUCGUCAACAAAUGGAAACCAAAUUGAGAUCAACUCAAAGCCAUCUCUUGUCUCAAAUCCAACUGAUCUCCAAAUGUGACAAAUCUCUCCACAUAUCUCUCCCGAGACCUCCUUUUGAUGACCUCAUCGUCAGUCAACUGUUCAAAGAGAUGUCCACUCAAUACGACACGAAUGACUUGUUGUGUCCAAACAGAGCUCAUAAUGACAUUCAAGUGAAUCCAUUGAAUCCAUUGAUAGACUGUAAUGGCGUUAACGGCGUUAAUGGCUUCUCAGAUGCAAUCAUUGACGAUAAGAGUACCAAAUGUAUUGAAAUCAAUAUCAACGAGACGUCUAAUGACGGAUCAACUCCUAUACCGAACUCGACGCCAUUAAGUGACCAAAUGAUGGCAGAGAUUGUCUCAACUGAUCGCUGCUCAACCGAUGCUAUGAAUGGCAUGAAUGAUAUGAUCAGUUCAUUAGACACUCCACUCGAGUCUAAAGCGGACCAAAAGAAAGCGCUAAAGAAAUAUGUUUGCGAUUAUUGCGGCAAACGAUACAAAAUUGAGAAAACUCGUGACAAACACAUCAUAAGUAUUCAUAAGUAUAUUACAAGUGAAUCAAUGAAAACAAAUGACAAGAUUCCUAAUGAAGAGCCCAUUGAAGAGCGCAUUGAAGAGUCCAUUGAAGAGCCUAUGGAUGAGAAGCCGGCGAUAGAGGCUAAAAGCCAGUCAAUGCUGACCUGCCAGUGGCCCGACUGUGGCCUCACUUUUACAAACAGAACUCACUUUCUUAGACAUCAGUCGAUUCACAACGAGAGCAGAAAAUUGAACACCAAUUGA